AUGCAGAGUGAAGAUCAAAAUGACUGGGAUAAUUGGGUAGAUUUCGUUGUGUACGCAUACAACUCCGGCAAACACUCCACGGUGGCAUUUUCACCGAAUGGACUGAUGAUAGGUCGACGGAACGAGACCGGAGAAAGGAGCAAGCACGAUAAGCAAACGAAGGCAGCAGCCGAUCUGAACACGCAACUCGAGUGUGAAGCCCUAAGGUACGAUGACGAGGCGUCAAGGGAGCCUGCACGAACAAUGACAGCAGCAGUGCAGCCAGCCACUGGAACAACGGGCAAGAGACGACGAAGCACGACAAUGGAGCGAGAAGAAGAAUGGCACGAGUCGAGUGCAAGACUGGUUGAAACCCGAAGACGACGACGGCGCAACAAGGGCGGACAAUACGUGCUGGAGUACACGUUACGACCUGCAGAGCGACAAUCACGGGGAGGACAUGACGACAACGUAGCCCGAUGGGUGUCGGCCGACGAGUACGAGGUGUACUUUCGGGCCGGCAUGACGGCUGCUGGUGAGAUCUUCCAGCAGGACCGGUGGAUGAACAGCUCCGACGAAGAGUCGAAUAAACCCAACAAACGUGUGGUGGACACGCAGGAUCGUGCACAACGGAACAGUGAAGGGUCGCAGGCGGAGAAAACACGCGACCAUAAGGAGGAGUGA